UGACGGCCCGCUCCUCGGCCACGUAACUCCGCACGAAUCCGUCUCGCGAUCGGCGUCGUCGCCGCUGUUUUACUCAAUUCUGUUACCCACUUCCCAGCGCUUGCGUACCCAGCUCCACAAUUCAGCUAGAAAUUCUGAUUUCGAGAAUGGAAAGAAGCGGAAAAGUAGGGUGUAUUUGCCUGAGAAAUGCUGACAUUUGUCCGCAGACUGGUGACUCAAUCCUAGAAUCCUUCCGGCACCGGCCGAAGGAUUCGUUUCUGGGUAUGGAAUUGGCGAAUCCGAAUUUUAUUGGGAGAGCUGCAACUUCGGGGACGUUCAAGGAUGUGGGAUUGCGGAGUCUGCAAGGUUUACCGGAUUUCGAGUCAGCCUUCGCCAGGUUGCUUCAAGAUGCAGGGUAGGAGUUUUUCCUUUAGGAUGCCGUGGAUUGACAUGGGCAACAGUGGAUCGUCUUCAUCGAGCAUUUACGAGCGCUCGGGGACUCAAUUCCCCACUGCUCCGUCAAUCCGAGCUCAUGGGCCACCUUGCUAUUCUAUGAGUUCGCGAUACUCUGUGAUUCACGAUAACUACAAGUCCUUGGAGGAGGUCCAGCGCGCCUUGCGAGACAACGGGUUGGAAUCGUCUAACUUGAUUGUUGGUAUAGAUUUUACGAAGAGCAACGAGUGGACAGGGAGAACGUCGUUUGGUGGGCGGAGUCUACACGUCAUCGGACAUGAGCAAAACCCUUACGAGAAAGCGAUCAGCAUAGUUGGGACGACGCUGUCUCCAUUCGACGAGGAUAACCUCAUUCCCUGCUUCGGAUUCGGGGAUUCCACCACGCACGACAAGCAUGUGUUCAGCUUUUUCGCCGAUCACCGCCCCUGCGAUGGCAUGAAGGAGGCUCUAGUCCGCUACCGGGCAAUUGCACCACAUGUCCGUCUCGCUGGACCCACUUCGUUUGCACCCAUCAUCAACAAGGCAGUUGAUAUUGUCGAAGAAAGUGGUGGGCAAUAUCAUGUUCUUGUGAUCAUCGCAGAUGGACAGCUAGAAGGUCCUCAAGAGCGGGCGACAGUAGACGCAAUUGUGAACGCAAGCUAUUACCCACUGUCCAUCGUGCUCGUUGGUGUAGGCGAUGGCCCUUUCGAAAUGAUGAAACAAUUCGAUGACAAUUUACCAAACCGCGUCUUCGACAAUUUCCAGUUCGUGAACUUCACUGAGAUCAUGCAACGUUGGCUUCCGCAGCAGCAGAAGGAGGCCAAAUUUGCACUGGCAGCACUCAUGGAGAUCCCUCUACAGUACAAGGCAACUGUUGAACUUGGCUUAUUGGGCGUUAAGAGAGGUCAAUCCCCUGGGUUCAGGUCCCUUCCCCCGCCAUCAUGGGGUUUGCAGAUGGAUGGCCAAGCAUAUGAUCCUCGUACUGGUGCUCCUCAAAGCCAGUCAUUCUCGCGCAUGGACAGCCAAAACUAUGGACGUUCUUCACGCUCUCAAUCUCCACCAUCUUAUUACGGCGACUAUCACUCACAGCCUGCACCGAAUUCUCAUGGGCACUACGGUAGUUAUCCACCUUCUUAUGCUCCUCCCGUGUACCCUCCUUCUAAUGCAAGGUAUCCCCCUGCUCCACCUCCAGUCUACUCUUUCAAUAGCUCAGAAACACCUGAUGCAGAGGAUAUGGAAUGCCCGGUUUGUCUCUUAGAGAAUAAAGACAUGGCUUUCAACUGUGGCCAUCAAACCUGUGGGCAGUGUGCUCAAUCUCUGACCCACUGUCCAACAUGUAGACAACCAAUCACGACAAGGAUACGCCUCUACUAGAUUGAUGCUUAGGUUGCGGGUGAAACUCGUGACCCAAUUGCGGUUAAGGUCCAGAAUGAUUGUGAACAAUUCAAAUACGGUGAGAGACUCGUGAGAGACCAGCAUAACUUUAGUUCAAGGAUAGUGUAUGUAUAUUUCUUCUUAGCCACUUCAAGUGAUUCUUUUUUUCUUGUAGUUUUGUCGUAGUAGUAGUAUUUGCAAGAAGUGCCAUGCUGGCCGCUCUACGAUUCGGAAUGUUUACGGAGGGAUUACAGAGUAACCUCUGUUGUAUAUUAUAUGGUGAAUGUAUCCUCGGAUUCAUGCCAAUGUAGCUUUUUUGAGCACACAAAAGUGAAGCUGCUGUCUUGGGUUUGGUUUAAACUUCUUCCAGAAUUUCAGUCUUCCUAAUGCAAGUCGAUGGCAUCUAUAUAUGAGUUUCUUCGUUUGUAGUUUCGAGUUGUCGGUAUUCUGCUGCAACACCAACCUUAAGACCCUGUAUACUAGCUACCCUUGUACUCAGUUAAUCACUCCCGAUGUAGCAUCUGACUUCCAAGUUUAGCGGUUUGCAAAUUCAUGCCAGAUGAAAGGGGACGGAGAAGCGAACCUGCGGAAUUGUGUGCUCUCCAAGAUGAAGUCCACGAGAAGAAUACAUCUUGAAAUGUGGGCAUAGCUGAUACGGAGAAUUGCAAAAAGAAAAGGCAUCCCUCAUGCCCUUCAUUCCGUCACAGCAGUUCCAAACGUCCUUUCCCCAUCACUGAGGGAUACAGACACAAAGUAGCACAUUCCUGCAGCUCCAGUAUCACACAAGCUUAUUCCAUCCAGUAAUGAACUUCAUAACUUGAACAUCUGGACAUUGCUGGACACAUGAAGGCCAUCAACACCUCACCUGAGAAUGCAACACCGGCGAUGGAGAUGGCUCCAAGUGGACUAUGCAGGGACGACAUAGUCGUCAACAUCGCACAACAACGAGCUUGUCAUGAUCUCAGUAGAGCUUGCAACGGUUUGUGGGUCAUGUGUUGAGGCUGUCGUUUCAGACACAGUUUGUCUCUCCGAACAUCUCAUGCCACAGAUUGCGAAAUGAAUCUAAAGAUCAUUAUUUUUUUUAA